AGAGUGCUGCCGCAAAGCGGGAGAUGUAUUAUGAUUCGGACGGGCCCCGGCUCGCGAGCCAGCCAAAUGCGCCGUUUUCCCUGGAAUUUAUAGCGGGCGGCGAUGCCUCGGCUGGGAGCAUCAGCAAACCCGCCGCAUAUCCGAUUUCAUCGCUGUACUUUUGCGACGGCUGCUCGCGGGUGGUGUCGCGCAGGGACCUUGCGGAGGAUGUGGACUCGUAUUAUUGCCCACACUGCUUGGAGAAUAUGCCUUCCAGCGAAGCGAUGCUGUGUGGGAUGCGCUGCUCAAAGUGCUGGGAGUGCCCCGUGUGUUCCAGCACGUUGACGCCCUGCAUCGCCACCACCUCCAAGGAGCAGAGCUACCACUUCGCGUGCAGCUACUGCCGUUGGAGCUCCAAAGGCCGACAGGAGGCGGAAAAGCCGGAGCAGCUCAUCACGCAGAUCGUGUCGCUGGAGCGGGAGAGCGAGCCAAGGCAGCGAAUGAUGACCAUGCUGGAAGCCUACCGCAUGAAGGCCCAGGAGCAGCAGCGGGAGCGCGAGCUCGCGCAGCGCCUGCGGCGCCGCAGCUCCGCACGCGCCUCCUUCAACGCGGCGUCUCUGACGGCGCUGGCGGCCCGGCGCUUCAGCUCGGCCGCGCAGAUGCGCUCCGGGGCACGGCUCUCCAUGGCGCCGUCCUUUGGCGGAUCCCCAGGGGAGCUGGCCAAGAAGGCUGGGCCCUGGGGCGUGGAAGAUCUCGAGGAGAAGCUGGCGGAGCAGUCCGCCAAGAGCCUGGACCUGCGGGCAGAGGCCCUGGACUUGGCGGCCAAGGCCAAGGAGACCCCGGAGCCCCCGCCAGAGCUGCAGGACAGCCCCAGCAAGCGCUUUAGCUUCAGCGCUGGUGCCACGGCCGUGCCGGUGAUGGCGGGCCUUUCGGUGGGCGAGCUACUCAGCGCUCAUCGGGAGAAGGUCAAUGGCCGAAGCCUGCUGGACGAGCUCCAGAGUAGCAUCGAGGAUGUCGGCCACAGUUCGCAGCAGCGGGGCGACUGCGCAUCCCUGAGCAUGCGCCUGCAGCAGGUGGCUUAUGGGUACCACGGUGUGUCCGUGGAUGGAUCUGCGGCCAAAGGGCUGCGGAGGGGCCAGAGUCAGCUGGAGGCACCCCUGCAGCACCGGCACGCCUGGAAGCUGCUGCCGGUUCGGAAGCCCCUGCUCACCAAGCGCUCCAGGCGCUGCAAGCUGCUAGUGCCGGAAGCGAAGGAGGGGAAGGAGAACCUGAAGCCCUGCAAGGGCCUGGUGGUGAAGCCCCAGAUCAACCCUUGCGCCAACCCGCCCUUCCAGAAGAACUCCAUGGCCGUGAGCUUCGUGCCCAGGUGCUUGCCCUGGGCCUGUAAGGAAGAAGAUGGGAACUUCGAGCUGCUGCUGAUCCUGGCGAACCCCAUGGAGACGGACGUGGAGCUGCAUUUGGACCCGGGCGCCUUCAACAGCACCGCUCCACGCGAGGCUUCGCGCUAUGCUGGUGCUGCUUGGGAGGACCUCUUGGGCCGCCAGAACGUGGAGGUCCUGACGCCGGCCUUUUCCACGGUGCUCCCCAAGUUCGUGGACAGCGAGGCCGCGGAAGUCUUCGAGGAGGAGGCCCAGAAGCUGAGGCAGAGCGACCCAGAGGCCAUCCAGCAGCGAAAGCUGAACAAGCUCAUGCUGCAGCUCCGCUUCCGGGCCUCCGCGUCCGAGUCCGAGUCCGGCUCGAGGCCGUGGGUCUUCUUCAUGGCCAUGGCCCUGAAGUUCAGCGUGAAGUUCAGCGCGGAGGAGACCAAGGCGCACCAGCUGGAGGUCUUGCUGCGCUUCGCGUCCGCGCCCGGUCUGGCCUAAGCCAGAAACGCGCGCGCCUGUACAAAGCAAGCCGGGAGAAAUGCAAAAAGUGCCCGGCAUUUCAUAUCUGAGAGAUUCAUCGUCCAUCGGCUUCACCAGAGUUCCAACACAAAUAUGCGCGUUCAG